AUGUCCAGAGCAAAUUAUAUAGUGAAAAAUAGAACAAAAGAAUGCAUAAGGGAAAACAUGAGUGCCGCUAAAAUGGUGGCUGAUUCUACCCAAUCAGACGAGCCAGCCACCAAGAAAAAUAAAAUUAAUGUUAAGAAAAAUAAGAAAGGCAAGAAGACUGCAGAGAAAAAGAAUAAAAGGAAAGCAGCUAAAGAGGAACCUGUAGAUCCUUACCUGGAUCUUAGUAAAGAAGUCAGACCAAUAGGUGAUUACUGGAGGGAACCAUCUGAAAUGUUGGAGCAAAUGUUUGAUUCUGUACAAGGUUCCAGUUUAAACAUGAUAUUGCCUGAAGUUUUAAUGGAUAUGGACAUAAAGGAAUUGAAGAGUCAAUGUUUAGAACAUUUAGAGGUUAUGUCCAGAAAGAGAAUCUUCAGAAUAUUAGCAGGUUAG